AACCUGUUCAAUUAAUCGUAGAUCUUUUUUAAAAAAUAUUCCUCCUGUCAUUGAAACAUUAAAAAUACGUCAUAAAUGCUAAUUUAAGAAAAAUACCUAGUAUCUCACUAGAUUUUCAUCUUUUCGCGAUGUUCGCGACCAAAAGGCUUUAAACGUGAAAAGUUUCGCACUUUGGAGCCUCACGUGAUUUCUGGAAUCACUUCGAGGUCAAAUAAAAUUUUCCAGCUAAUUUUUUGACAUUUCCGCUUCCAAGGAAAAUUUAUACGAUCUUUGCCCCAUGCGAUUUCUCAGUACAUUGAACUAUACCGUUCUACGACCAUAUAUAUAUAUCCUAAUGUACGUGACGUAUGCGUGUGUGUAUUCUGUGUAUAAUAGAAAAGUUCAUCAGUUAUCUCUGGAUUUUACUUUGCCACGCGUUGUCGUUGCUGCGUAAUGUGUCAUUAGCAUUUUGUAGAUCAAACGUGCAAACGUUAACAACGGAACAGGAAACGUAAUUUUUUCAGUCGUUCCGAUAUUCUUACAGCCUAAAACUCUCGGAACAUGUUCACGCAAAUGUGAACGUUAUUGCAAGUGUAGGAACAUCGUGCGACUGGCAAACUUGUAGAGUUGCAGUCAAUUAUACUCUGAAUCAUGUCACAUUACGAAGAUGUUAUUCUGGAGGCCAAAGAAAAAGAUGAAUGUUUACCGAGAGAAUUGGCAGGAAUACGACAUCGUAUUCCAUGGAGUGAUCGUGUAUUACUAAAUAGUGAAAUACCUGGUUUACAUGAAGUUAAAGAAUUAUUAGAUGAUGAUGACGCAAGUUGUUUGGCAGAAGAAGAAGAUGGAGUCGGAUGUCCUUUGCCUUCAACCCCAGAAGAUGAUCAUCUUCUGGAUUGUGAGAUGACUGAAGUAUUGAAAGCAGGUGUAUUGAGCGAUGAAAUUGAUUUAGGUGCAUUAGCACAUAAUGCAGCAGAACAGGCCGAAGAAUUCGUUCGAAAGGUAUGGGAAGCAUCAUGGAAACAAUGUCAUUUUAGGAAUUUACCAAGAUGGUUACAAGAUAAUGAUUUCUUACAUGCUGGUCACAGACCACCACUACCCUCGUUUUAUGCGUGUUUUAAAAGUAUUUUUCGAAUUCAUACAGAAACUGGCAAUAUUUGGACACAUUUGUUAGGCUGCGUUGCCUUUAUUGGUAUAGCUAUAUUUUUUCUAACACAACCUCCUAUAGAAAUUCAAUUGGAAGAAAAGUUGGUAUUUGGUACCUUUUUUGCUGGUGCUAUAAUUUGCCUAGGAAUGUCAUUUGCCUUUCACACAGUUCAUUGCCACAGCGAAUGUGUUGGAAAGCUAUUUUCAAAGUUAGAUUAUUGUGGCAUAGCUAUGCUUAUUAUGGGUAGUUUUGUACCAUGGCUUUAUUAUGGAUUUUAUUGCGACUAUCAACCUAAAUUAAUUUACCUAUCUGUAGUGGUUGUCCUUGGUAUAACCAGUAUUGUAGUAUCAUUAUGGGAGCGGUUUGGUGAACCAAACUAUCGUCCACUCAGAGCGGGAGUUUUUAUGGGAUUCGGGCUUAGCGGGGUAAUACCAGCAGUACAUUAUGCUGUUGCUGAAGGUUGGUUCAAGGCGAUCAGUCAAGCAUCCCUUGGAUGGUUGAUACUGAUGGGAUGUUUGUAUAUACUAGGUGCAUUAUUUUAUGCUUUAAGGGUACCUGAACGUUUUUUUCCGGGAAAAUUUGAUAUUUGGUUUCAGAGUCAUCAAAUCUUCCAUGUAUUAGUAAUUGCAGCUGCUUUUGUACAUUAUCAUGGUAUUACGGAAAUGGCAAUGCAUAGAAUGACAAUAGGUGACUGCACAAAUCCGUCGCAGGUGUUAGCUUUUUAAAUCUGCGGGCAUAUACUUCAUCUUGUUGAUAACUUUCAUGUCAUAAAUCUAAAUAAAAGACUACAAAGAAUUUCCUAAAUCUUAUGCCAGUGGACAUGUGCUGUUGAAAGAUACGGUAAAUGUAUAUAAAACAUAGAGGAAAUAUAUCUAAUUUCAAAUUUUGUUUGAAUAUGUUUUAAAAUGUGUUGCUUGUGUUUAUUUAAUUGUAGUUUUUAUUAGUUUUAAGAAUAUAGAAGUUAUUUUCGAAGAUAUGUA